GAACUCGAAAUAAACAAGGAUCACAAGCAACGACUAACAGAUCACAAGCGACUAAAUUGUCGCCAUAAAACGUUCGCGAUCAUAAAUCUGUCCACCUGAUAUUUCUUUUUAUUUUGAUUUUUUUUAAACGGUUUCGUAUAGAUGUCAGCUUGACUGUAUUGUGUUGAAUGUAGAUUCUGGUGCUGUCAUUCAAAUAAUCCUUUUUACUUUAAACCCUUCAUCCCGCGUAAGUGGAAAUUGGUUGAAAAUACAACUUUCAAUGGGAAAAGACAUUUGUGUGGCUCACUGAACGAACUGAUGGCUCUACAUCAGCGUCAGUAUUGUGCCAAGGGCUUAAAAUCUGACAAAUCAUGGGGCUUUUGUACUUACCGGUAGUAAAAUUGUUGGCUUUUUCUGACUUUUUUUUAUGUCUUGAUUUGGCUUUUUUUGACUGCUGGGAUCUGGCAACCCUGGGCUAGAGUGUAGGCCCUAAGAAAAGGCAGUCAGGGCCGAACGAUGUUUAUUAAGUUCAACAAUUCAUCUGAUAUGGAGUUUAGAUUCAUAGCCUAUGUCAAAAUAAUAUAAUGUAUGGAUGAGUUAUUCAUGCAGUUUUAAUUCAUAAAACAACCUAGCUUCAGGAAUUACAUAUCAGCAUAUGGCCAGUAUGGCUGAGGUUCAUUUAUUAUACAGUUAUAUGAAACCAUGUUUUGUAUGGGCGGUAGACUACUAUGAAUACAGGAAUAAGAGACCGAAUUAAUCAUGGUUUUAAAUAGUUAAUAUGUAUCAAUAUUAAAAUUAUUCGACUUUAGUUUUUGUAUGGUACCGUAGUAGUCUAUUGUAAUACAGUAAUUAUUGACUAAGUUUCGUCAUUAUGGCAAUGCGGAAGAAAAUAAAAGAUGAUCAUCCACGUCAGGUGUUACUAGCUUUGAAUGAAUUUAGAGCAUGGGAUUCAAUAUGUGAUUUUACAAUUAAAGUUGAAAAUGAAACAUUCACUACUCAUCGAGCUGUUUUGGCUUCAUGUUCAAGCUAUUUCAAAGAUUUAUUAACAAGUGGUGGCUCGGAAGCAAGAGAGGGAGGUGUGGAACUGACAGGAAUUAGUGCUUGUGCUGCUCGAAGAUGUAUCGAGUUCAUGUACUCUGGGGAAGCAAUGAUAACAAUGGAAAGUGUCGACCAUAUUCUGAUGGCGGCAGGUUUUUUCAGAUUGCAAAAUCUCACCCAAUUGUGUAUAGAAUUUUUAGAGGGAAAGUUAGAUGCUAAAACUUACUCUUACAUAAAAGAAGUAUCAGAAAAAUACAACAUGACCCAUUUGGGAGAUAGAGUUGAAAAAUUCAUUAAUGAAAAUCUGGAGAGUGUUAUUGAAACAGAUAAAUUCUUAACUCUCCCUAAAGAUGGAGUAAUAAAGUAUCUUGCAUCUCCAAAUAUUGGACAUUCAGUUAUAUGGGCUGCUAUUGCGGCAUGGGUGAAAUUUAGGCUAAACACAAGGAAGACUCAUUUGUUGGAACUUCUGUCCUUAAAUUUGGUGAAUUGGCCGAUUGAUUAUUUGCUUAAUACUGUAUGGAAAGAUGAUUUAGUUCGUCCAUCUAAUCCUUGCCAAAAUUUGAUUAUUGGUUUCAUUUUCCGAGAAAUGGAUUUUUUCAAAUCGUCAAUCACAAUCAAUAAUUGUUUUCUGCUGAGAGAAUUAUGUGAUUCACAUCGUCAUAGCAAUUCUACCAAAGCUCGAAAUGAAGUUCGUCUUUUCAUGAUGCGUAAUUUUGAAAAGAUUGCUGAUAUGAAUGAAAUUUGUCAACUCUCGAAGGAUGAUAUUUUCGAAAUUUUAAAAAACGGGAGAACUAGAACUGCUACUGAAAUUGCAAAAUGGGAAGUUGCUGUUCGAUGGACGAAAUUUGAUAUGCGGAAACGAAAAAAGUAUUUUCCAGAGUUAUUAGCUUUAAUAAAACUUGAAAAUACCUCAGCAGAUUUUAUUCAGGAUGUUGUCAGAGCUGAACCACUCGUGCAGGAUUCCAAACAAUGCUUGGAUAUUAUAAUAGAUGCUUUAUAUGUUCUAUCAGAUAAACCACAAAUACCGAGCAAUGUUGAAAGUAGAAAAAAUAUAAAAACAAAACCAAAAAAGGUUGUAGCGUUUCCUGAAUCAAGUUCUUCUGAAAGUUCACCCGAAAAAUCUCAGCAAAAUUCAAAGAUAACAAAAAGAAAAUUGUCAGAUUCACAGGCCAACUUUUCUGGCAAUACUGAACCUAAGAGAAUAAAUCUGAAUCCCACUACCAAAAAACAUCAAGAAAUAGCCCAAACUAGAUUUUCUGACUCAUCGCAAUCACCUAUAGAAACUUCACUAUUCGUCGCGGUUUACAACAAAAAUUUAGGCAAAAUAAAUGGCUUCACUCCCAAACAAACUCAAUGGAAGAACUUAGCCAUCACAAAAGUUAUGGUAAAUGGUUAUCAAGCCAUUGUGAGUGUCAACUUCCAGCUUUACCUUUUGAAAAAUAAAAAUUUGUUUCUGUUAGACAUGAAAAAUGGUUGGAAAAAGUUGGCUGAAAAAGAAAUAUCACCCUCUUUGACGUCAAAAAUAGUUUCUUACGAAAAUUCCAUAUUUGUUAUUGAAAAAAACAAAGUUUCAACAUAUGAUACUGAAUAUGAUUCUUGGGAAGAAAUAAAUCAUAUUAAAGUUGCUGAUGAAAGUUUCUGCGUUUGUUCCACCACUCAAUUUAUUUAUAUCCUUGGAGGAGAGCAAUUUCCAUCUAAGGCUAGAGUGUUUGAUCCGCUUCAGCGUAACUUGAAAGACAUCAAUCAGAUGACAUUUGGAAGGCAAAAUGCUACAGCUACUACAUUGAAGGGAGAUGUAUAUGUUUUAGGGGGUAUUCAAAAUGGUACCAAAACUAAUUCAGUUGAGUGUUACAAUAGUACAAUGGAUACAUGGAUGAAUAUUCCCAACAUGCAAGUGCAAAGGUCUGGAUUUGCAUCCUGCACCUUGAAUGAUCAAAUUUAUGUCCUUGGUGGCGAUGCAACUGGAGACAGCUUUUGGUCUGUUGAAGUGUAUGAGAAACAUAAUAAGAAAUGGAAAAUCUUUCACAGAAUGUUAAAAAUAGAUGGCUCUUUCUCUGCUUGCAUUGUAGAAAAUAAUAAAUAAGUUUAUUUUAUUGUUAUAUAUUAGCUUCGUUCCAUUUUCAAAUAGAUUUUUAUAACAUACCAUAAUUCAAUUACUGAUUUUUAUAUUGGAAAUAUUUACAUUUAUUUGUUUUAUGCCUUUGUCCAGCUAUUAGUUUCUCAUUCAUUAAAUCACAUAUAAAAUUCCCUUAUAUAUUCUUAGAUUGGAACAAUUGACAUCAUGUUUGAUUUCCAAUUUUUUUUUUCAUCAUGUGAAUGUUAUAUUAAUAUAGUUUGAAAAAAUUGAAAAGGUGAUUAUUUGUAAAUUGAUCAUGUAAAUUUUGUACUGUAUUGCAUCAUAUAUAGGGAUGUAAGUUUCAGAAUUUCGAAUCGAAGCAAUUUGGGAAAAAACGGCUUGAUUCUAUUUAAAAAUAUAAUAAUUUAGAUAACACGAGGCGAUUGCACGACGCAGCAGCGUUGUCUUAUCAUCGAACAAAAACGUUCAUUUUCCCCAAGCUUGAAGCAUUCCCAAGUCGUAACACUCCGGGGGUUGUUAUAUUUCAUAUGGGUUGCCGCCUCAGAGAAAGAUUGGUUUCGUUAAAUUGUUUUUAGAUUAUUCAAAAUGUUAUGAAGUUCUACCACUAUGUUAUUAUAUGAACAUGUCUUUAAAUUACUUAAGUUAUAUAAUGUCAUUAUAACAACAAUAUUCCUCAUUAAAACAUAGGUUUGCGAUGCUCCCCUUGUUAUCAUUUGCUUUCUUUAAAAUCACGGCGCAAGCGGCACUAUCGCAUAUUUAACUGACUUUUAUCAUUUGGAUGAAUUUUAGAAGAAACCAUCACUAUACGUCCGGUAUUGUUUGCGAACAUAAAUUAAUGUAAUAAGUAAAUAUAACGGAGUGUAACUCUAUAUAGAAAUAAUACAUAUUCUCUAAUAUAUUAUGUAGUUGAAGCAUCAAUUUAAUGUUUUCUUCUACUAACUUCACUCAUUUUUCAAGUUCAUUAUUGUUAUUUAAUCACACUUUGUGCUAUAGUUCUUUCAAAUCUAAGGAGAAUUAACGAUAUUAUACUAAAUAGAAUCAGAUUCGAAACUUACAUCCCUAAUCAUAUAUUACCAGCUACCACUAUAAAGAGAUAAAUCCAAGCCAUUAUGUAACGAGAAUUCCUGUAUCUACUUCUUCAAAAAUGCAAAGAAAAUUCUUUUUAAAAUCUUAUUUGAUCCAGGAAAAAUGAGAAUGUUUAGCUAUGCAACUAAUUGAUUUUGAUUUAAUUUCUGUAAUAUAAUUCAUAUGCUAUGUUUAUAAAGUCGUUUACACUUUU